GUAUAGGUCACACGCCAAUGAUGGAACUCUGGGCAUCGGCGCGCAGCGCUACGAAUGUCGGAGAUUUGCAGGGGACUGGCGUCCACCCUCUCUGCCGGGCAUUGGAAGGUGGUCCACAGACAGACAGCUUUCCGGCUUGGUACUCAUGCCAUGGUGGUGGCGACAAUGACAUGGUGGUUUGUUCUUCGUCCGAUCGCGUGUACGAGCAUCGUACGUCACUAUUUGACGAAAACUGGUCUUCCGCCUUCUCGACGACGAACUUGAGGUUCAUGACGGAUUCAACCUCAAGUACCUGGUGGGUAUUCGAAGGCCGACGCGAGAUUCCCCCCGACGAACGAACGGGUUUCACGGGCCCCGCAUGGAUUGACUGCGAUGGAUAUUACGCACAUGGUGGUGAGGUAGACGGCGAGGGAGACCGAAACAUGCAAAGGGCCUUGGAAGGCGAAGAACGUCCUAGGUGAAUACCGUCGCGCUCGUCUUGGUACGGCAACUACCAUAUUCGCGGCAGGCCGAGUUGUACAGUUUCAUGAUCGAUUUUCCAUGCGCCCAACCAAUUUGUUGACAUAGUUUCAACUUUCGAACUUCUGGGGUAGGGUGUCGAACGGCGGGCAUAGAUGCCUACACGCCCACGUGUAUAGGACCCACCGCCCAUACUGCCGAACAACCGUGGGUUCUGGGGUGGUUU